AGACGCUUAACGACUGAGCCACCCAGGCGCCCCCCCACAUACCCUUUAGUAGUUGCCUUAGGGUCACCUCUCUCAAGAACCUGCUGACUCCUUCCCUCUAGUAAUCACUCCUUCCUCAUGCACCUUUGUUCUCCCAAUAGCCUUCCACCUACAAAUUCGUCUGCAUUCAUUCGGUCUCCUUCCCACCCAGGCGGGACACUGCUGUGGCCAGGCUUCUGGUCUAUCACUGGCAAGCUGCCCUGGGCUGGACCUGCCACCAGCCCCAGGAAAUGUUGAAUGAAGGGAUGAGGGUACUGUUGGAGCUCCCACGCUCGAAGACCUGGUGCACUGGAGUUGAAUGAACUUGAGUGAAAAGACAAACAUUUCAGGAACUGUUUGCUCCUGAGCAAAUCAUCUGAAUUCCGAGCCUUCAUUUCCUCGGCUCUGCCUAUACGUCUCAGGAUUCUGGGGAGUAACAUAUGUGAGGUUCCCGGUACAGUGCCUGGCUUCCUGUAGGGGCUCAAAUCUUUCUCACCCUCUCAGUCAAGCAGCAGAGGAAGAAAAGCUGUCCGGUCAGUGGACAGGGCAAUAGAAGCAGGGGUGUAAGGGGCGGGUAGCUGGAAACCCGAGACCCCAGUGUGCUUGGAUUUCUGAAAAUGCUGGCCGCCUGCUCUGUCUUGGAGCAAAGUCGAGUGAGGUGGAUGGCGGUGGGGGUGGCAGAUCAAGGGCCUGCCAAGGCCAAGCCCUCCCCGGGGCUGCCAGAAUAGACCAGCCGUCAGUGACAUCACAAUCCUGAGGGGUUGCCGAGGCACUGCUGGAGGGGGACCGUCUUAUUUCUCCCCACGGAGCUCUAGGAUGUGGAUGUGAGAAAGGUGAGCCAAGAAGGAAGAUGGCAACGAGGAGCAGCCCUAGCCCCAUGCCUCCGGGCACGGCUCAGGGUGACCCCGGAGAGGCAGGAACACUGCCAGGUCCCGAUGCUGGCAUCCGGGACACGUGUUCGGCAGCUCAGCUGAAGAUGAAGCCCAGGAAGGUGCGCAAGAUCAAGGCCCUCAUCAUCGACCUGGGCUCACAGUACUGUAAGUGUGGCUACGCGGGCGAGCCGAGGCCCACCUACUUCAUCUCCUCCACUGUGGGCAAGCACUGCUCUGAGGCGGCUGAUGCUGGUGACACUCGCAAGGAGACCUACGUGGGCCACGAGCUGCUCAACACGGCGCCCCUGAAGCUGAUGAACCCGCUCAAAUACGGCAUCGUGGUGGAUUGGGACUGCGUCCAGAGCAUCUGGGAGUACGUCUUCCACACAGCCAUGAAGAUCCUCCCCGAGGAGCAUGCGGUGCUGGUCUCUGACCCCCCCCUCAGCCCCAGCAGCAACCGGGAGAAGUACGCGGAGCUCAUGUUCGAGACCUUUGGCAUCCCUGCCAUGCACGUGACGUCCCAGUCGCUGCUGUCCAUCUACUCCUACGGCAAGACCUCGGGCCUGGUGGUGGAGAGCGGGCACGGCGUCUCGCAUGUGGUGCCCAUCUCGGAGGGCGACGUGCUGCCGGGCCUGACAGGCCGAGCCGACUACGCUGGGAGCGACCUCACCAACUACCUGCUGCAGCUGCUCAACGAGGCCGGCCACAAGUUCACGGACGACCACCUGCACAUCAUCGAGCACAUCAAGAAGAAGUGCUGCUACUCGGCACUCCUGCCCGAGCAGGAGCUUGGCCUGUGCCUGGAGGAGAUGCGCGUGGACUACGAGCUCCCCGACGGCAAGCUCAUCACCAUUGGCCGGGAGCGCUUCCAGUGCGCCGAGAUGCUCUUCAAGCCCACCCUGGUGGGCAGCAACCAGCCCGGCCUCCCCGCGCUCACGGCCGCCUGCCUGGAGCGCUGCCAGGAGGCGGGCUUCAAGGAGGAGAUGGCGGCCAACGUGCUGCUGUGCGGUGGCUGUACCAUGCUGGAUGGCUUCCCCGAGCGCUUCCAGAGGGAGCUGAGCCUCCUCUGCCCCGGGGCCAGCCCUGCGGUGUCUGCUGCUCCGGAGCGGAAGACCUCCGUGUGGACCGGCGGCUCCAUCCUGGCCUCCCUGCAGGCCUUCCAGCAGCUCUGGGUCAGCAAGGAAGAGUUCGAGGAGCGGGGCAGUGCGGCCGUCUAUGGCAAGUGCUGAGCGGCGGGGCCCUGACAGGCGGGGCCUGGUGGGCAGGCGGCCUGCGACCGCUCUACGCAUCCACAGAAGUUCGCAUAAAGCCUUCACGUGCAGUC